GUCAGUCCGUGCAUUCUGGAUUUGCUUGGACCGUUCCUGUUUUUUUAAGAGAUGUCUAGGUACCACAAAGCUGCAAUUGAUGGCUACUUGGACCUCUUGAAAGAGGCCACAAGGAAGGACCUGAACACCGCGGAUGAAGAUGGCAUGACUCCCACCUUACUGGCUGCUUUCCACGGACAUGUCGAUGCCCUUCAGCUCAUAUGCAGCAGAGAAGGAGACCCCAACAGGAGUGACAUCUGGGGAAACACACCGUUGCACCAUGCUGCAGCUAAUGGCCACAUGCACAUCCUCAGCUUUCUGGUCAACUUCGGUGCCAACCUUUUCGCACUGGACAAUGAAUUCCACACAGCUAUGGACGUUGCUGCUUCUCGUGACCGCAUGGACUGUGUGCGCUUCCUAGACACUGCUGCCUCACAGCAGACCAACCAAAAUGCCAAAAAGGUCGCCAGUCUAAAGAAGGAAGCCAUCAAAGAAGCAGAGAAACGCGUGAAACUCUGUGAGAAGGUGAAGAAGAAACACCAGAGCAAGAUGGAUAAAAUGUACCGUGAAGCAGGGAAUACUGGGUCUGUUUCGGAGGCCAGCAUGGCAUCAUCAUUCUCAAACAAUGGUACCAUGACCAGCGUCAAUGAGCAAUUCUCCAAGCUUAUCGCUGCUGAUAAAUCAGGCUCUCUUCCGGCCAGGUUUAAAGGCACCCUCCAGAAGAAGCUCGGGAAGAAAGAUAAAGGCACUCUGCAGAGAUCAGGAGGAGAUGGGAACGUUAUUUUCCUCAAGCAGGAGAACGAAGCGUCUGAGAAACUGGAGUUUUUGGAUGUCUUCAGUGAGGUGGAUGAAAACAUGUUAGAUGAAGAAGGAAUGGGAGCCUUUGAUGAUUAUGAUGACAAUGAAGAACCAGGCCAAAUAAAACAGUCCAUAUUCAACAGGCCCGGUCUUGGAGGUCUGAUUUUCAUGAAGAAGAUGGGGCUGGAGUCAGAGGACGUCCCCAUUGGGAACAAUGAAAAUCUCGGCUACCUUGUUCAGAACGAGGUGUUUGAGGCAGAGGAAGAUGAUGGUGGCUUUGAGGGGACUGGUGACGCGGAUCUGCCUUGGGAUCAGGAAGAUCUGGGCCUGGAUGAUGAUGAAGAUGAGGAAACCUCUCCUUUGGAUGCAUUCUUGUCUGCCAUCUCCUUGACAGAGUUUGCCCUCGCACUCAACAGAGAGCACCUGGACCUGGAGGCGCUCAUGCUUUGCUCUGAUGAAGACCUGAAAGGCAUUCGCAUCCAGCUCGGACCCAGGAAGAAGAUCCUGGAAGCUGUUGCUCGCAGAAAGAACGCACUGGAGACUCCUGGCAUCAUGACGGACAGCUGCUUGUGAUCCACUAAAACAUGAACAGUGAUUUAUCCUCCCGUUUGAAACUUAAAUUGAGUCUGUAUCUUUUGUAAAGAGAGCUAGUGGUUUGAUUUUCUUAUAAAACAAAGAUGAUUCACCAAACUGUUUCUCCAAAAGCCAUUCCCACAUUUUUAAAUGAUCAAACUUAUAAAGUACUUUGUACAGAAGGGAUAACAUCGUGCACUGCUACGUUUAUAUACUAUUAUCUAUGUUACAAACAGCAUGACUGGAGAGCAUAUCUGGUUCAAAAAGGGAAGAAGAUUAUUAUUAAGACAAAACAAAAGAGAAUAGACACAUGGCCAGAUACUUGAUUUUAAAUUAACAAUAUCAUUGUGUGGACAAAAACAAGAUAUGUUUUGAUGCAGCACUGGUGAUUGUUUCUGUCCAAUAAAUUGGAUAAAAUGGGUAGUGGCUGAUUUCAUUGUGAUGUUGUACGGUUUUUCUUUAAUAAUUAAUUUUGGCUUUUGACAACAUAAUGUGAGAAUUAAGUAUAGCUGUCAAAAGAACUCAAAAUAAAGAAAUAAGUUCACCACUCUGACAAUGCAUGUACAGUGUAAAAAAUCAUUUUAACCAUAUUUC